AUUGAAACAAGGAUGUCGAUUCAAAAAGAGAGAGGGAUCCCGCUCUGCGCGCUUAAUCCAAAGUUCCUUCACACCAACUCUACCAGCCACACCUGGCCCUUUAGUGCCAUUGCUGAGCUAAUAGACAAUGCCUACGACCCAGAUGUUAAAUCCAAGAAGUUCUGGAUUGACAAAACAAGAAUUGGAGGUCAAGACUGUCUUACUUUCACGGAUACUGGAGCAGGAAUGGAUUAUCACAAGAUGUACAGAAUGCUCAGAAGAAGAGCUGCUCGCAGAGCUCGAGGCCAUCAACACACACGACUCCAGUGGCACCACAGGAACACGAAUAAUCAUCUGGAACCUCAGAAAAACAUCGACAGACGCUUCUGAGUUUGACUUUGAGGCGGACCAAUAUGACAUCCAGAUUCCAGAUGACGUGUAUGAGGAUGAAAAGGAGAAAUAUAAGCAGUCAUUGCGAGCAUAUUGUAGUGUCCUCUACUUGAAGCCCAGAAUGCAGAUUAUCAUUCGUGGACAGAAAGUUAAAACUCAACUGAUUGCUAAAAGCCUGGCAUUCGCAAUGAAGGAUAAAUACACACCCAACUUUCUAAAUAAGAAAAAAAUACCAAUCACAUUUGGCUACAACCCCAAGAACAAAGAACAUUAUGGAGUCAUGAUGUACCAUAAAAACAGGCUCAUCAAAGCCUACGAGCGUGUUGGAUGCCAAAACCGGGCAAAUAAAAAGGGAGUAGGAGUCAUUGCAGUAAUCGAGUGCAAUUUCCUCAAGCCAACACAUAACAAGCAGGACUUCGACUACACAGAAGAGUACAGAACAACCAUGAAUGCUUUGGGUAAGAAGCUAGAAGAGUAUUGGAAAGCUAUAUGCCAUGAAAAAGGUCUCAACGGCAUAGCACCUUCAGAGGAUAUACCAGAGUGUCCUGACCAAAACUGGGUUCAGUGUGAUGAUUGUCUGAAGUGGCGUAAACUCCCAGAUGGCAUAGACACAGAUAAACUCCCUGACAAAUGGUUCUGUCAUAUGAACCCAGAUACUCAGUUCAGGAGAUGUGAUGAACCAGAGGAACCUGAUGAUUCUAAAGAUGAAACAUCAACUCCCUUGAACUCAUACAAACAGCAUAAGAGAAAACAGCAGGAACUGAAAAAAAUGCAGAUGGAAGAAAAGAAGAGAAAUGCAGACCUUGAAGAUCUGAGAAAAAAAGAAGAAGAAAUAUUCUGUGAAUUACGAAAAACAGGCUCCUCCCCACCCAGGUCACCUACACCUUCUUUAAAAGCUGCUAUGACAGCAAGGAGCCCUGAAGAUUCCAGUGACCUCCCACAAUCUGCCUCUAACCCCUCAGACAGCAUGCAAGUAACUUCUCACCCUCCUUUAACAAGGAGAAAAAGACGUCUAGAAGAGUUAGAAGGAAACAGCCAAGAUCAGAAGAAAUUAAGAGCACUUAAUGAUGACUUUAACAACGCACCCGACAGUCCAUCAACGUCCACAUUAAUAUCAAAUGUCGUGACCUCACAGAUUGAGAUCCCUGAUGAUAAUGACAGUGCUGAUAAAGAGGAAAUAGAGAGCAACACUGAUGAUGAUGAUAUUGUUAUUGAUGAGACAAAGAGCACGCCAAGACCCAAAGCCUCAACCUUUAACCUUGCCAUGGUCAAGUUAGAAAGUAGUACAAGUAAUGAUGUACAAGACAAUGGUGAUAUUUCCAUGGAAACACUUGCCGGUGAAGAUGCCAGAGAUGCAACAAUAGACUCAUCGACUUCAAAUGGUCAAGUCAGCAUAACAGAUCAGGCAGAAUAUAGUAUGACCAUAAAGAUGGAGGAGGACCAACAAAGAAAAAGAGAAGAAGUGGCAAUAAAGGUAGAAAAGAUAAAGAGUUAUGCAACAAGGAUGGAGCAGGACAGCACUGAGGUUGAAUGCAAGAAGGAAAAAGGUAACGAACUAAUCAUGUCAAUCACUAAAGACUCUAUGAAGAUUGAAAGCAAACCAAGUCUUGCAGAAAGAAGUUAUAGAAGUACAGAUGGCACAAGUCAUAUGCCUAAAGAAGCAGCUAUGGACUCUGGUCUAAACAUAUACAAUAUGGCAACCUUAGAAGCCCAGAAACAUCAGUACAGUCUUCUGGAAGUCAUGGAAGCCACAGCCAAGGAAAGAGAGGAGUAUAAUAAGAUGCAAGCUCAGUCUCUCCCAGGGGAGCUGAAGAACAAAGAAUGUGAACUACUAAAGCUCAGUGUUAAGAAAGAGUUUAGCCAUCAAAACAUUCAGGCCGAUCCAUUAGAGGAACAGGAUUACAAGACACUGUACUUGGAGGCGACACAGCGCAACGAACAGCUCACAAAAAAAAUAAAUGUGCUGGAGAAGAAGCAAGAGGAGAUGUUGCUACAGAUGAAAGCUGAAAAAGAAGCACAGGAAAGGAUGAAAGCUGAGGGUGCAAUGACAAAUGUGGAUAAUAAAAUGGCUCUUCAAGUGGACUUACUUCUGAGAGAGCUAAAUCAGCGUAAUAAAGAAUGCGAUGAAUUAAAACGUAAGUUGCACAGCUUGGAACAGGAGAAAUUAAAGUGCGAGCAGCUGUGGAAAGACUUGGACGACACAGAAGGGAGUGGGACUGAUAGAGCCAGUUCAACGCAAGCAGCACAGCACUGCAAUACAGAGGACACCUCUGCAAACUGUGUGAGUCAGAUCAAAGAGACCAGGAAACAAUUGAAAGACCAGUAGGUGGAGAGAACACAGUGACAAAUGCAAGGUUGGGGUAGCUAAGGAGCAGUAAUGCUUGUGUUUUGGUCAGAUUUGUUCCUGCCUUGGACCCUAAACAAAGUUUACAAUGACUGUGAGGUCAUAGAUGAGGAUUAAAACCAAGUUAUAAACAAGAUCUCGCCAACUGAAACCACUUCUACUUAAAGCUACUUUGUCAAAUUUAUAUUUUGUAUAAGGGAGACUUACAUAUACUGGUCACACUUUAUUUUACGGUAUCACUGUUACAGUGUAAUUAUACAUUUAAGUACUAAGUAAUAAUCAUUAAUAAAAUGUACUUAUAGGGUUGGGGUGAGGAUUAGGGUUUGGUUUAGGGUUAGUUGCAUGUAAUUAUUCAUAAUUAACUGUUAUUACUAUAAUAAUUACAUGUAACAUGUGAAACAAAGACACCGUAAAAUAAAGUGUCUUUCCAUAUACUUUUUCUCAAGUUAUUUUGUAAAAGGGAGACAAAACGUUUUAUUGCAUUCUGAAAAUAUUUCAUAAUAUAGUUAUGUGAGAAUUUAUUUAUCUAUAAUUUUGGAGGCAAGGAAACCUUUCUACUUAUAAGAAUGUAGAUGUUUUUAUUUUUUAUUCUGCUCAAUGGAUUUACACUGUGCACAGCUACAAUUUAAGAUUUUGAAACAAAGUUUGUGUAAAGGUCAAAAUAAAUCUUACAACGAAUCUAGAUGUUAAAAUUAUUAGUUUGUUCAGUGUGCUCUGUUUUGUAUGUUUUUGGUGGUUUUUCUGUUAUGUUUUCACGAGAGGAUUACCUGCUUAUUUAAUAAAUCCUAUACUAAUGUUCCUAUACUAGUGUUGCGCGAGCCCCCAGCAGCUAAGCCCCAUCCGCUAGAAAUAGAUUAAAGUGAGAUA